AUGCCAUACUACACCUACAACAGCAACGGCAACGGCUACAGCAACUGCAACCCUCCUUCCCCACGUACAGGAACAGGCUUCUGCGAUGAAGAAGGAACCUACCUCGAUCCCGUCUCCAACAAGAUUGUGUUCCCUGACGACUUUUGUCCAGGCAUCAACUUUGUGGUCUGUGGCAGAGGAAAGCGUUCCUAUGGCCACUAUGGAAACAAGCAUUUUGCCAAGGAGAUUGUUUCUCGUCACAUUCAAGAGUACUCAUUCGCCAAGACCAAGCAAGAAAAGUCGGCCAUUGUCCAAACCAUUGUGAAUGAAGUGGAAUCCGUGGGAGGAUUUAUCCGUUAUGACUCCAAGCUUCGAAAGUAUAUCCGCGCUGAAGACAACAUUGGCCGUGAAAAGACCUCCCAGGCUCUCCGUGACUGCAUCCAAAGCAAGUACAAGUCCAGCAAGGAUAUUAAGCGUGAGACUCGUAAGCAGAAGCGAUUGGCUCGGGUGGCAAGGGAAACCAGGGCCGAGGCUCCUGAAUCCACGGAAGAAUCUUCUGAUGCUUCGUCUUCGGAAGAUGAAGGAGAACAGAGAGAGCCAGCUCCCUCUGUAGAGCCCACCAAGCCUGCGGAAAAGAGAAGCUGCCCUGAGGGUCUUCUCAUGCCACAGCAGCAGCAGUUCAAACCAUUGUCAAUCUCCGAGGGAAACACUACACUCCAAACCCUCAUCAAUCGCCUUCGAGUUGCUGAAGUGAUGGCCUUGCCUGUACUUGGCAACGGCAACAACAACAUGAACCGUCACGGCUACAGCUUCAACAGCAUGAACAACUUGAACACUUCCAUCCAACAGAGCCCACAGAGCGCCUUUGCCAACUUCAACGCUGGACCUGCCAACUGUCUCGGAGGAGACACCAACUGCAACGACUUCGUGUUCCAGCCUGCUGAACCGCAAGAUCCUUUUGAUUUGCUCAGCCUUGAAGUCGGAGAGGUCGAUCUCUUUGAAAGCAUGCUUUGA